CUCUCUCUCUCGAAUUUCAUCCGAUAUCUCGUCAAUUUUGUUGAAUUUUUUUCAGAGAUUAUCGAUUUCCCGAUCUGCGAUCAUGGAGACGGAGCGCGUGACGGAGUUUCCUUUCGCUUACUUGGAUCGCCGCCCUCGAAAGAGGGCGCGUUUGGGCUGGGACGUUCCUCAGGCCCCUAAGGCUCAGGUAGGAAUAUUUUGUGGACAAGAGCUUGGGAAUGUGACGAGCUAUGCAUCUUUGAUGGCACCGUCAGAGACCACUACUAUUUCUCUAUUUGAUAAGGAAGUGACUCGAAAUGGUUCCCCCCCAUGGAGAGAAGAUGACAAAGAUGGGCAUUACAUGUUUUUGCUUGGAGAGAAUUUAACAACUCGCUACAAAAUCCAGAGCAAAAUGGGUGAAGGUACCUUUGGUCAGGUGUUGGAAUGCUGGGACAGAGAAAAAAGGGAAAUGGUUGCCAUAAAAAUUGUUCGUGGCAUCAAGAAAUAUCGUGAAGCAGCAAUGAUAGAAAUCGAAGUGCUGCAACAGCUUGGUAAACAUGAUAAAGGUGGCAAUCGUUGUGUGCAAUUACGGAACUGGUUUGACUAUCGUAACCAUAUCUGUAUUGUGUUUGAGAAGCUUGGACCAAGCUUAUAUGAUUUUCUCAAGAAAAACAAUUACCGCUCAUUUCCGAUUGACCUUGUCCGUGAGAUUGGAAGACAACUCUUGGAAUGUGUAGCAUUCAUGCAUGAUCUUCGUCUUAUUCAUACCGACUUGAAGCCAGAGAAUAUACUCCUUGUUUCUCCGGAUUAUAUUAAAGUUCCUGAUUACAAUAAGAGCUCAUCUCGAUCACCCAAAGAUAGCUCCUAUUUUAAGAGAGUACCAAAGUCGAGUGCUAUUAAAGUUAUUGAUUUUGGUAGCACAACUUACGAGCGUCAAGAUCAAACCUAUAUUGUAUCAACACGGCAUUACCGAGCACCAGAGGUUAUUCUUGGGCUGGGAUGGACCUACCCUUGCGAUGUAUGGAGCAUUGGUUGUAUCCUGGUGGAGUUAUGCACGGGUGAAGCCUUGUUCCAGACUCACGAGAAUUUGGAGCACCUCGCCAUGAUGGAGCGGGUACUUGGUUCCCUACCCCAGCACAUGUUGAAAAGAGCAGACCGACAUGCUGAGAAGUAUGUUAGAAGGGGUAGAUUGGAUUGGCCAGAGGGUGCAGCUUCUAGAGAGAGUAUCAGAGCUGUUCAGAAGCUUCCUCGGCUCCAGAAUCUUAUAAUGCAGCACGUAGACCAUUCCGCCGGGGACCUUAUUCACCUCUUGCAGGGUCUGCUUAGGUACGACCCCUCGGAUAGGCUUUCUGCUCGCGAAGCCCUCCGACAUUCUUUUUUCACGAAGGACAGCCUCAGGAGAUGAUUUUAUUCUCGUUUGCGCUUCCUGCCGAGUGAAGUGUACAUUGCGUCUGCGCCAAAAUCGUGAUAGGUGUCGGCAAUAACUUUCUGUAGAUAUCCAAAUACAAACAUUACUAUUUACCGAUUGAUGGACAUCCGUACGCUAUUCGGGUUGCGCUGUACCUGCGGUCGAUUUAUGUAGUGUAGAAGUCUGCUAACCCAAUUGUGCAUUGUACAGAAGUGACAUUUGGAAUAAUGAAGAAAUAACUUGUUACAACA